GGAGGGCCAGGCUCGCACGCACGGCCCUGCGCGGCGUCCCGGUGCCUCUGCCCGCCGUCAUGUCGGGCUCGGCGCGGCGGCGGCCGGCGGGCAGGCCGGCGGCAGCGGGGGAGCCCAGCGGGCUGGCAGGCCAUGUCCAGUUGGAUAGCAGACCUUCAUUAGCCACCACAGGUGGAAAUGAGAACAUCACAGAAGUGGAUGCUCUUGAUAUAAGACAAACACUUGAUCCUGCAGUGCAAUACAAAAUGAACCAUCAAAGAAGAGGAAUUGCAUUAAUCUUCAAUCAUGAGCACUUCUUUUGGCAUUUAAGGCUGCCAGAGAGACGUGGGACUCUUGCAGACAGAAACAAUCUGAAACGCAGUUUGACAGACCUUGGAUUUGAAGUCAGACACUUUGAUGAUCUAAAAGCAGAAGAUGUACUGCAGAAAAUUUAUGAAGCCUCUAAGGAUGACCACAGUAAUGCUGACUGCUUUGUUUGUGUGUUCCUGAGUCACGGCGAGAAUGAUCAUGUUUAUGCAUAUGACGCCCAAAUCAAAAUUGAGGCAAUCACAGACAUGUUCAGGGGAGACAAGUGCCAGAGUCUGGUAGGAAAACCGAAGAUCUUUAUCAUCCAGGCCUGUCGAGGUGAUAAACAUGACAAUCCGGUUAUUGCUCAGGAUUCAACAGAUGGUACCGAUGAACCCACUGUCAAUGAGACUGAAGUGGAUGCAGCUGGUGUCUAUACCCUGCCUGCUGGUGCAGACUUUAUCAUGUGCUACUCUGUGGCACAAGGUUACUUUUCUCAUCGUGAAACUGUGAAUGGCUCCUGGUACAUUCAAGAUUUGUGUGAGGCACUUAGGAAGCACGGCUCUUCCUUGGAGUUCACAGAACUUCUUACUGUCGUUAACAGGAAAGUAUCUCAUCGCAAAGUGGAUAUGUGCAGAGACAUUAAUGCUAUAGGAAAGAAACAGAUUCCCUGUUUUGCCUCCAUGUUAACUAAAAAAUUGUAUUUUCAUCCAAAAUCUAAGUAGAUCAUUAUUUCACAAUGACAACCAUAACCUAAUACCGCAGAAGUGAAAACCACACCAUCUUAGUUCAGGAGACUAAUAUUCUACAAAACUGCAAAAAAUCUGGGAUCAAACGUUGUAGUUUGUAUAUGUAACAGUUUAUAAAAUCUUCAAGCAAUUUAAAAGCUAAUAUUACAGUUCUCUUCAUCUCAGGGAAUUUGGGAAAAGUUGACUGGUACAAAAUUGUGAAGAGGUGCUUAUAUUUUAUGGAAAUUGGUAUUCUAAAUUACUUUUUAAGGUUUUUGCUUGAUUGCCAUCUAACUAUGGCACAUUUUACUAUUUCCAAAACAUUUCAAAUGUUGCAUUAGAUGAGCUUUUCCUGCUCCACAAGCACAGUUUACAGGUGCUAUAUUUGUAGGGCAGCUUUUUUUAAUCUGUGGACAGCAGCGUCCACCUUCCUAUUUUUGUGGAUUUUUAGCUUUUUUUGACUUUUUUUUUACAUGUUGUCAACACUAAAAAGGAACUUAGUUCCUUAAGUAGUGUUAAUAUAGACAAAGGGUUUAUUUUUGCUUGCACACCAUUUACAUUUGGGGCACAAUUAAAGCUUGCUGGUGCUUUGCAUUCUCAGGAGAAAAGCAGUAGUGAAAUGAGACCAUGUACAGCUUGCUCAGUGGGGUUUGGGGUAAGCUUGCCUAGUACACAUCUUUGAGGAUAAAGAAAAUAAUGUCCAGACUCACGUAGAGCUCUCUAGGACAUCUCUAGGCAGCUCUGCAAAAUACAACAUAUGCAAAUCUUCAAACUUUGGUGUUGGGAUCACCCUCUUCCUCCCCUUGGCCCCAGAGAUCAGCCAUACUCUGCCACUGUGUACAUAAAAGUGAUAGUGCAUUUGCCACUACAGGACAUUGCACCAUAGGACUGUUACUUUUGCAGCAUCAGUAAUUUCAAUGAUACUGACUAGAAGCAAAUCUUUCUUUUAUUUUUUACAUUAUUGGUACCUAUGCUUAACUCUGGGGGACAAUGGAGAACUCAGGCUGAGAAAAGUGUCUUAAUCCACUUUCAUGGUUAUAAACUAAUUGAUUUACUGGCUCUACUUUAGUUAAAUUUUUCCAUAUUCUAUGUUCUGAGACAUAGAUAUUAAACCUUACUAUGUCUACUUUUAAACUUUGUAUAAAUCAUGUAUGUUUGAAUGUUUUCAUAAAUUCUUUCAAUAAAAUGCAACAGUGAAACAAA